ACACCGAGAAAAUGCUCAACAGCAUAAUUCGAGACUUUAACAAAGCAAAUGCCUAGAUGAAUUCGUCGAUGCAGAAGGGUACGACCAUCUGUGUCAAUUGAUUAUAGUUCAGGUAUGAAUUUGGAAAACUCAGUUCACAUCUCAUCGCCCAGAGGCUACAGGGACGUUCAAACUUCCAAGUCUGAACCCCCAUGCACUUAAAAGCUUCAACUGCAGAGACACGCUUUAGCUCGUCUGGCCUUCGUUCCAGUAUGCCGUUUUUCCUCAAGUACCUUAUUGGGAUUUCAGAAUGUUUCAUUUUUUUCAAGACCCAGAGAAAUUUCACCUCAAAGUCCAACACCCACUCAGAUAACAGCGGGAAUGGACUCUGCUCCAUGAUGAGGGAGUUGGGUUCUCUGUGUAAGGAUGGACUGGUAAAAGAAGCCAUGGAAUUGUGGGCAUCAAUGGAGUUUCAUCUUGGUUUUCAUUCAGAUUCUGCUACAUACACAGGCCUCAUACAAGCUUGUGUGAGAAACAAGUCUCUGUAUCAUGGAAAGCUCAUCCAUGGGAGGAUGAUCAAGAACCCAUUCAAGUCAUGCAUUUUUCUUGAGAACAAUCUUCUGAAUAUGUAUAGCAAAUGUGGGUGUUUUAGCUAUGCACGCCGUUUAUUUGCUCAAAUGUCGAAGCCAAAUAUUGUCUCAUGGAAUGCGUUGAUUUCUGGGUAUGCUCAGUCGGGUCUCCACGUUGAAGCGUUGGCGGACUUCCGGAAUGCUCUGAUGACGGGGAUCUUCCCUGAUCGUUACACUCUGAGUUCUGCAUUGAGUGCUUGUGGGCAGGCGAUGGAUUUCGAUGCAGGGAGGCAAAUUCAUGGGAGAAUUGUCACGGGAGGAUUUGAAUCGCAGCUUUUUGUGGUCAAUUCUCUCAUUGACAUGUAUAGUAGAUGCGGUCAGGUGGAUGAAGCCCAAAAUGUUUUUCAUGGUUCCUUGGAGUUGGAUGAGGCCUCGUACAAUACAUUAAUUUCUGGCUAUAGUCGAACAGGAAAUGUAGACGAAGCUUGCAGAAUUCUGGUUGGGAUGCUUCGUGCUGGAUUGAAGAUGAACAGCUACGCUGCUGGAAGUUGCCUCAAGGUGUGUGCUGAUAGUAGUGAUAGCGCUUUCGCUGGCAAACAGAUUCAUGCGUCACUGUUAAAGACUGGACUUUUAUCUGAUGUUGUGGUUGGCUGUGCAACUCUUGAUAUGUAUGCAAAGAGUGGGUCGAUAAGUGAUGCAGAGAAGAUCUUCAAUGAGUUGCCCAACCGGAAUAUUGUCGCAUAUAAUGCGAUGAUUGCAGGAACCACACAAAAUUUAAAUGGUGGUACAGAAAAAACAGCUCUGCAGCUCUUCCUGGAGAUGCAGAGGAAUGGAAUGAAGCCCUCAAAUUUCACGUUCUCAUCCAUUCUCAAAGCCUGUGUGAUGCUUGAUGCAUUUGAUGAAGGGAAGCAAAUACAUGCUCACAUAAUCAGGAAUAUGCUUCAUUCUGAUGAGUUCAUCGGCAGUGCACUCAUUGAUUUGUAUGCCAAAGCGGGGGAGAUUGGUGAUGGUUUGAUAUGCUUCUCAUCAACUCCGAAACAAGACUCUGUUUCUUGGACUGCAGCAAUUGCAGGGAGUAUCUGGAAUGGGCAGUUUGAAGAAGGAAUAAAGUUGCUUCAUCAAAUGCUUGCUGCUGGACUGAAACCAGAUGAGUACACAGUCUCCAGUGUGCUGAGUGCCUGUGCGAGCUUGGCUUUAGCGUGCCUUGGUGCCCAAGUUCAUGCUUAUACGGUAAAAUCUGGCAUAAACUAUCUUACUGGUACUACAAACGCUCUUAUAUGCAUGUACGCGAAGUCUGGUGAGGCCGAGAAAGCAGAACAACUAUUUGAGCAGACCCCGAACAGAGAUGUCAUUACUUGGUCUGCAUUGAUCUCUGCACAUGCUCAUCAGGGCUCGGCAACUAAAGCAUUCCAAGUUUUCAAUCGCAUGAAGGAAUCAGGGGAACUCCCAAACGAGAUCACGUUCCUUUCUGUACUAACUGCCUGCAGCCAUGCAGGAUUGGUGGAUGAAGGCUUCAUUUUCUACAAAAGCAUGAUCAGAGAACACAACAUCAGCCCAAACGUCAAGCACUCUGCUUGCAUUGUUGACUUGCUUGGCCGUGCUGGGAAGCUAACUGAGGCUGAACAGUUCAUCAGCACAUCCGGGUUUGAGAAUGACCCUACCAUAUGGCGAGUGCUUCUGGGUGCUUGCCGGAAUCACGGCGACAUAACAACUGGAAAACAGGCAGCUGAGCGAGUAAUUGAACUUGAACCGCAUGCGUCAUCUGCAUACGUACUGCUAUACAACAUGCACGUUUCCAAAAGACAAUUGGCACAGGCAAAAGAGAUGAGGAAACUAAUGGUGCUAAGAGGGGUUAAAAAAGAGCCAGGUUUGAGCUGGAUUGAUACAAGAAAACAGACGCAUUUGUUUGUGUCAUGUGACAAAGCACACCCUCAAACAGAACUGAUUUACCGGAAGCUGGAGAAUGUGCUUGAGAGAAUUAAAGCAAUGGGUUAUGUUGAUAACCAGGAACUGCUGUUCUUGCAUGAUGAAGAUGACCAGGAGGGAAAUACUCGGCAUUACCACAGUGAGAAAUUGGCUGUGGCUUUUGGGUUGAUGAGUUUGCCUGCAAAUGUUGCAGUAAGGGUGAUGAAAAAUCUGAGAGUAUGUGGUGACUGCCACUCAUUUAUGAAAUUUGUAUCUAAAAGUGAAAAUAGGGAAAUUGUCUUGAGAGAUUGUAUACGUUUCCACCAUUUUAGAGGUGGCCUUUGUUCUUGCAAAGAUUAUUGGUAAUCUUUUUUCUCGUUUUUCA